AAAGGAUCAGAAGUGAAGAAAGCAGAGAUUCUGGUGUUGGACUCUAAGAGGAGUAACAGCAUCAACAUCGGCAUGACCGUACUACCAGCUGUCCACGUCAUCAAGACCGCCAUCCUCAACUUUGACGAGUUCGCCAUCAACAAGGAGGGCAUCGAGAAAAUCCUGACGAUGACUCCUUCGGAGGAGGAGAAGCAGAAGAUCCAGGAGGCUCAGCUGGCCAACCCGGACGUCCCCCUGGGCUCAGCAGAACAGUUCCUUCUCACCCUGUCCUCCAUCAGUGGCCUCAGCGCUCGACUACAGCUCUGGGCCUUCAAACUCAACUAUGAAACCCUGGAAAAGGAGAUAGCGGAGCCUCUCUUCGACCUGAAACUAGGCAUGGAGCAGCUCGCCAAAAACAAAACCUUUAAGCGCAUCCUAGCAACGCUUUUGGCCAUUGGAAACUUCCUCAACAGUACCAGUGCUAAAGGUUUUGAGCUGAACUACCUGGAGAAGGUAACUGAGGUGAAGGAUCUGGUCACAGACAGUCUCUGCUUCACCACACCUGUGGAGUUUGAGCAGCUGUCAGAUAGCCUGGUUCAGCUGGAGAGGAAGUGUAAGACAUCGUGGGACAAUCUAAAGGUGAUGUCGAAACACGAGACCAAGGCCCUCCUGAAGAACAGGUUGACAGAGUUCCUUAAAGACUGUACAGAGAGGAUCAUUAUCCUGAAGGUGGUUCACAGACGCAUCAUCAACAGGUUCCAUUCCUUCCUGCUGUACCUAGGUCAGCCAUCCUACUCUGUUCGGGACACUAAGGUGACCCACUUCUGUAAGAUUAUCAGUGAGUUUUCUCUGGAGUACCGGACCACCAGGGAGAGG